AUGGCAUUGGGCCAGCUUCAACAUCUUGAAGCCUUGUUCGUCAGAACCGGAUGGCUCUCUGCACGAUGUGAAUCCUUCAACGCAGAGAAUGCCCAUGCCAUUGCCAAUCGUACGAAGUUCAGACAAGAUACCAAUCUUUAUGCCUUGGAUACCUUUGUGGUGACUCCAAUGUCGAAGCCAGGCAUGUGCGGAGCCCGUGAGCAUGAUGAGCAGCAGACCAUUGCCGAAGCACGCGGAAUUUCAUCUUUUUCACAGCUGGUGAAUCCAUUCGGCCUCUUUGUUCACUGCUUUGUCUCCCAUUUUUGGGGGCACAACUUCACCAGCACUGUCACGGCUCUUGACUUGUGGGCAGGUUCGAACUACGACAAGAUGACUUCAGAGAAGAAGGCCUUGGUCUUUUGGAUAUGCCUCUUUGCGUUGAACCAGCACGACGUGGCGGAGGAGGUGGGGGAAAAUCCUCAGCAGGGGCCAUUCAACGCAGCACUGGCGCAAGCCACUGGUGGUGCAGUGAUGGUUUUGGAUGAAGAAGUAAAGCCAUUUUCUCGCAUCUGGUGCCUCUUCGAGGCUUCUCGGUUGAAGGACUUGCAGCGUCCCUUUGAACUCAUUUGCAGUGAGGGUUCCUUGUCCCAGCCAGAGAAUGGUGGACAGAAGGCUGUGAGCACAAAGAUGCUCGAAACCACAUGCCAGGCCUUGUGGAACGUGUCCACUGCCAAGGCUCAAAGCUCAGUAGCCAAGGACAAAUACCAGAUUUGGGGAGAAACGGCCGAUGAAUCCAUCAGAUGUGAGAUGAAGGGAUUGGGUGCGGAACUUUGGUUCAAAAGUUUCAUAGAUCAGAAUGGGGCCGAUGCGUUGGCAAAGGUCUUCGGCGACUUUGAUCGCUACAUGAAGUCUCUACUCUCCACUACGGUGCUUCAGGUCCUGAUGGCUAGGGGCGACUUUGCUUCGGCGGCCACGUGCUGCCUUCAAGGAGCAGAUGUUAGUUCUGAGCAGCUGGCAGAGAUUUGCAGCAGUUUUGCAGCAGCAACUGAGAGAAGAGCGUGGUUAAACAGCAUGCUGCUGCAGGCAUCGAAUCCAUCCAUCGCCCAGCUGCUUUUGGAGAAGGGUGCUGAUGUAGAGGCUGAACGCGACAAUGGCACCACAGCACUGAUGUGUGCUGCUCAUGGUGGUCAUGAGGCCGUGGUCGAGCAGCUGCUAACGCACGGUGCCGAUGUGGCGGCAGCAAUGGACGAUGGUUUCACAGCAUUGAUGUGUGCUGCUCGAGGUGGCCAUGAGGCCAUGGCCCAGCUGCUGCUACAGCACGGUGCGGAUGUGGCGGCAGCAAUGAACAAUGGUUUCACAGCAUUGAUGUGUGCUGCUCAAGGUGGCCAUGAGGCCGUGGCCCAGCUGUUGCUACAGCACGGUGCCGAUGUGGCGGCAGCAAUGGACGAUGGUUUCACAGCACUGAUGUUGGCUGCCCAAGGUGGCCAUGAGGCCGUGGCCCAGCUGUUGCUACAGCACGGUGCAGAUGUGGCGGCAGCAUUCAACUAUGGUUCCACGGCACUGAUGUUGGCUGCCCAAGGUGGCCAUGAGGCCGUCGCCCAGCUGUUGCUACAGCACGGUGCCGAUGCACUGCUCGAGGUGGCCAUGAGGCCAUGGCCCAGCUGUGCUACAGCACGGUGCGGAUGUGGCGGCAGCAAUGACAAUGGCACAGCAUUGAUGUGUGCUGCUCAUGGCCAUGAGGCCGUGGCCCGGCUGUUGCUACAGCACGGUGCCGAUGUGGCGGCAGCAGACAACCGUGGCAGGACAGCAUUGAUGUUGGCUGCUGACAUUGGCCAUGAGGCCGUGGCCCGCUGUUGCUACAGCACGGUGCAGAUGUGGCGGCAGCAUUCAACAUGGCACGGUGAUGUUGGCUGCGGUGGCCAUGAGGCCGUGCCCGCUGUUGCUACAGCACGGACAGCAUUGAUGUUGGCUGCUGACAUUGGCCAUGAGGCCGUGGCCCGGCUGUUGCUACAGCACGGUGCCGAUGUGGCGGCAGCGAGCAACGAUGGUUUCACAGCACUGAUGUGUGCUGCUGUAGGUGGCCAUGAGGCCGUGGCCCAGCUGUUGCUACAGCACGGUGCCGAUGUGGCGGCAGCAACCAACGAUGGUUUCACAGCACUGAUGUGUGCUGCUCGAGGUCAUGAGGCCAUGGCCCAGCUGUUGCUACAGCACGGUGCAGAUGUGGCGGCAGCAAUGAACGAUGGUUUCACAGCAUUGAUGUGUGCUGCCCAAGGUGGCCAUGAGGCCGUUGCCAAGGUGCUGCUACAGCAUGGUGCUGAUGUGGCGGCAGCAAAGAACGAUGGUGGCACAGCAUUGAUGUUGGCUGCUAAAGGUGGCCAUGAGGCCGUGGCCCAGCUGUUGCUACAGCACGGUGCCGAUGUCGCGGCAGCAAGCAACGAUGGUUCCAUAGCAUUGAUGUUGGCUGCUCUAGGUGGCCACGAGGCCGUGUCCAUGCUCCUGCUACAGCAUGGUGCUGAUGUGGGGGCCGCAAGGCACGAUGGUGGCACGGCAUUGAUGUUGGCUGCUGAGAAUGGCCAUGAGGCCGUGGCCCAGCUGCUGCUACAGCACGGUGCCGAUGUAAGGGCAGCAACACACCGUGGUUUCACAGCACUAAGGAUUGCUAGGGCAAACAGUCAUGAGGCUGUGGCUAGGCUCCUCAGGGAGCAUGGUGGUGAUCAGCAUUGGUUUCGGCGUUGGCUUUUUGGAUAG